CGUCUAUGCGGCUUCAGCGUUCAUCGUUCCCUGAUCAGCAAAGGCAUAUAUCGAGGCUGAGUUCCCGAACAUGGACUUCAGCUCUCAGCAAUGUGAAGCUCGUCGCCUAGAAUGAGCCAGCGAAUGCUUCAUCUGAAAGACUGCGUCGUCCUGUCAGAACUUAGUAAUGGUUUCCCGUACUUGGACAUCACCUGGUUGCAUGUGUGGGAGGGACGUAAAUGAGGAAGUAUAUAUAUCCAGCCAAAGCACGUAGCGUCCAGACGAUACAUCAUAUCGCACCGAUGACCGCCAGCCUUCCCACCUCUCUUUCAAACCAGGCGUUCUUUAACGUAUCUGCGGUCGACGCGGGCGAGCUCUCACUCCCCUCCCACCUCUUCCUCGACCCGUGCCCCCCAGACGAAGAUAAGCUCGUCGUCCCGGCGCUCUGUUUCCUCCUACGCCACUCCGCAUCCGAGCACGUCCUUCUUUUUGACCUCGGAUACCGCAAGGACCAUCACAACUAUCCCCCGGCGGUCAUUCGCCGCAUAUCGCUCUUCCAGCCACUGACAAUGACCACCGACGCCGCCGAGUCGCUGCAAAACGGCGGCCUCGCGCCCACCGCCGUCACGCACGUCUGCCUUUCCCACGUCCACUGGGACCACGCCGGCGACCCCCGGCCCUUCUCCAACGCCACUUUCCUCGUCGGCGCCGGCGCGCGCACGCUGCUGCAGACCGGGUACCCACACGACCCGGACGCGCUGUUCGCCGCCGACCUCCUCCCUUCCGCGCGCACUGCGUUCCUCGACCCCACAGGCCCCGAGUGGCGGCCCGUCGGCCCGUUCCCGCGCGCGCUCGACUAUUUCGGCGACGGGAGCGUGUAUAUCGUCGACGCGCCCGGGCACCUCCCCGGGCACGUUAACGCGCUGGUGCGGACGUCGCCGGACGGCGGGUGGGUCUACCUCGCGGGAGACUCUGCGCACGACUGGCGGAUCGUGGCGGGGGAGGCGGGCAUCGUGGAGCGAGUCGAUCGCGAGCUGGGUGUGGUGGUCUGCGCGCACAAGGACAAGGCUGCCGCGGAGGAGCAUAUUGCGAGGAUACGGGAGUUGCUGAAGUUGGAGCGCGUGAGGGUCUUGCUCGCGCAUGAUACGGAGUGGUACAAGGAGAACAGAGGCGGCCCGAUGUACUGGCCCGGGCAGUUCGAAACGCUGUAGAAUAAGCAAUGCAGUAGUUACGAGGCUUGUAUGAUAUUUUUUUCUAUGUCGCGAAGUCCUCCGCGCGCAUAUAGGAGCACAUC